GUCCAAUCAGCGCGGCCUGGCUGUGGAAUGCCCGGGCGAUGCGUAAACAAGCGCAGAACUAAAACUCCUCCGCCCUCCCUCGGAGUAUUUCCGUGAUUUCACUCCUGCCUCUUACAGUGUAGCAAGUGCUGAGUGCCAUUCACCCACUGACAAACUUGGCCCCUUCUCCCUCUCUCUCCUUCCCGGGGUGUUUAUUCAUUCCUUGAUGAUUUGAGGGCAUCAUCCGGCCGUGAUCCCCACCACCACAAAAAAAAUGUUUUUUUUUCAAAAAAAAACUCUAGCCCUCUUGUAAUCACUAUGGCCUCUUGAGAAAAAAAAUAAGGUUUGGGACACUUUGUACAAUACAGAAGAAGAGAAAAGCAUAACCUUGAUCCUUGACUAAAGGACAAUGUGCUCCUGGAGAAGUUGAUUUGCUUCAAAUUUAUUUCAACAAAUUUCUCAGACAGAUGCCUGGAGAAGUGCAGCUGUGCCGUGCAGCACAGCAAGUUCUUUAAGCAUAGAGCUACCUGUCAACUCUGGCCUGAUUUUCCUGUUCUUUUACUGUUACCUUGUCCAACAAUGGCUACACAAAGGAAAUACCUAGUGAGAGAAUUUAAUGCCUUCAUCACUUGUUACAUCUGCAAGGGCUAUCUUAUCAAGCCAACUACAGUGACUGAGUGUCUACACACUUUUUGCAAAAGUUGUAUUGUUCAACAUUUUGAAGACACAAAUGACUGUCCAAAAUGUGGAAUUCAAGUUCAUGAAACUAAUCCAUUGGAAAUGUUAAGGUUGGACAAUACACUAGAAGAAAUUAUAUUUAAGCUGGUGCCUGGUCUUAAAGAAAUGGAAAAACGGCAAGAAGAAGAAUUCUGGAAAAAAAAUAAACCACAAGAGAAUGGAGAAGAUAAUGAAGGCCCCAAAGUCAAGAAAGCUAAAGUAGAAGAAGAAGAGGACCAAGAAGAUCAAGAUUAUCACAGAAGUGAUCCACAGAUUGCCAUUUGUCUAGACUGCCUCCGCAACAAUGGGCAAUCAGGGGAUAAUACUGUAAAGGGCUUAAUGAAGAAAUUUAUCCGCUGCUCAACAAGAGUCACAGUGGGAACUAUAAAGAAGUUUCUGAGUUUGAAAUUAAAACUUCCUAGCACUUGUGAGCUCGAUGUUCUAUGCAAUGGGGAAAUUAUGGGGAAGGAUCAUACCAUGGAAUUCAUAUAUAUGACUAGAUGGAGACUCAGAGCUGAAAAUGAUCCCUGCCUAGAGGUCUUUGGAAGCACUCUGGAGCAGGCUGCAGGGACAAGUAAGGAGCCUGCAGCUGCUAGUGAGAACAUGGUGGGGAGAUCUGAUCUCCUUCAGCAACUAAACCAGAUGCAAUCUCUGAUUUCAAGUCUUAUCCAAUGGUACUACAGUAUCGGCCAAGGAUUGACUUUGGUUAGACCAGAGCAGCUGUUAUCCACUAUGGUGGAUACUGCACUAAAGUUUACCCAUCGACAGUUUGCACAAUGAAUGGAUAUAUUGGACAAUGGACAGAAUCAGAUUUUUCAGAACAGAAACAAAAUUUGUAUCUGUCUACCAUUUUUCAGAUGCAUUUAUUUUUCCCAAGAACAAGCCCAAUGCUAUUCUGCUACUGGAGCCAUGAAACGUUUGUGUCGAUCUGUGUGAUAUUUGUGUUGAAUACUGCAAAUAAUCACCCACUAUAGCCUGUGAGUUGAGAGUCAGUGUUCACUGCCCAUGUGUCUAUAAGCCUACGUCCUGAAGUUAUACAUGUGCUUGUGCUAAUGCUAAAACAUAGCAAAAUGGCAAAACUUGUUCUACGUCUUUGAAUAAAUUUAUGUUCCGGCUAACAUAUGUAUUGACUUUCUUUGUUUAUGGUAAGUUAAUUAACCCUAAAGAUUACAGUUUGAAGUUGUAAAAUGUUUUUGUUAUAUACCACUGUUGUAAUCAUAAGGAAGUAGGUGCAUUUUGUGGAGAGGGAAACCCUUUCAAAAUUAUCUCUGUUAUGAACAUUGAUGGACCAUUUUUCUAGCUGUCCUUUAGCUAGUAAGCUAUUUUAUAGCAGUAGCUUGAAGUAAAAAAAAAGUCAGCAAAAAGUGUUCUGUAAAUGUCACACAAAAGGAACAGGCAGUAACCUAUCAAGAGAUGCUUCAUUCCCAAUAUGGAGGUACAUUGUAGCCUGAUUCUUUCAAGCAAAUUAGCCCAUUAAAAAUUAUUAGACUUCAAGAUCAAGUUCUACAUUGAAAAAAAUGUACACCAAUUAAGAUUUUGGAAUCAGAAGCAUGUUUCCGUAACCAGUCAAAUUUCAAAAUGACCUCUACUCAGUGAUUAUUUAGUUGAAUUUGUGAGUGAUAUCUAAUCCAUUUAUGAGAGUCUCACUGGUGAAUUUUGAAAUCACUGGGACCUCCUGCUAUUUAUCACGUCAAGUUAAUUACUAAAAUCAGGCAUUGAUUGACAAUGAAAGAUUGCUUGAACCAGCUCUCUUCCUUCAUUGUUGCUAAACUAAAAUACAAUCAACAUUAAUGAAAACAGCUUUUUUAGAUUAUCUUGCCCUGCACUCUUCACCUCCUUGACAAUCAAAUGUCAUAUUUACUUUGGAAUAUAAGGUUAAACAAUAUUAAACAAUAAUUUGCAUUAUCCUUAAGUAAUUCAUGUCCAACAUUGUUUUCGAGAACCUUAGUACAUUUUAGUGUGAGCUCUAUGGGCUAAGCUUCACUGACUGAAUGUGAAUUGAACAUCAGUGAUGCAACUUAUGAAAAUGUACACUUAUAUUGCUAAACAAACAACAAAAUAGUGAUUUUUGUAGUCAACCUUCUAAGCUGGUGGGACCUGUAACACUGGUGAUUUACCUCCCAGACACUCCUAAAAAUUGUAGCUACUGAUUAUCAUUCUUGCUUCAGUCAAUGAGUAUAUAGGUUGAGUUGUCUGAUAGUUAGGACAGAAUCCGCCUGAAUUUGUGUUCAGCCUUUGGAGUCUAUUGUUUACACCAGUGCAUGUUUUUUAUUUAUUAUUUCAAUUGUAUACUCUAUUGGACAAUACAAAACUUCCGAAAACCUACUAUGGCAUUUUAUCAUUGAUUACAAUGGUGAAGACACUGAAAAUUAUGGGGGUUUGUUUGCUAUUGAUUUCUAAUGUUCAAGUAUAAAGAGGAUUUAGUUGAUCUGAAAACCUGAGGAAUAACUGUUGGCCAAGCUGGUGGACAAACACUGAAACACAUUCAUACAACAUUCUUUUGACUGCUAUUUUAAUGGUUAACCAAUUUAAAAUAAGUGGAACAAUAUCUGUGUAAAAAUAACUGAUAAGUAAUGUCAUAUAAAUGUGUUCAGCAUUCACCUACUUUCAACAACAGUAAGUUAUUGGCUAAAAUAUUUUUUAGUAAUCCAUAAUUAGAAGGACACAACCAAGCAUCUAUCAGCCAUGUACUGUAGUCAACAUGGCAUCUCUCCAUUGUGUUAACAUGUUACAUUAGUUUUUGAAUGCUUUGAACAAUGUUAAUUCCUAAGGGUUUGUAACCUGUUAAAAACAUUGUAAUAUCAUCAAGCCAGUGCAGUUGAGUGUCAUUUUAAUAGUAUUACAUUCUUUUAUACCCCUUAAAAUAAAAAUUCCUGAACUUCCUAGAUAUUUUUGCAAUGCACCCUAUGCUGAAAAACUCCAUUUAAAAAGAAUUGUUGUGAUUGUAAAGUGAGUCCAAGAAUCAUUUAAUUUUAAAUGAACAAUUAACUUGAAGAUCAUUACAAAUGAGUAAAUCCUGCUAUUAAAAUGUAAAUAUUUUUGUAAACAAAACCAAUUGUAAAUGUUUGCAAUACUGAUGUUAAUAGUAUUUUAUGUUUUGCAAAAAACUGUUUAGAGAAGCAGUUCUAUUUUUUAAUAUGUAUUUGCUGCAGACAUGCAUUCCUCUUUAACCAUGUUUGGGUUUUAGUGAAUGUUCUGUACAUUUGCAAUCACACUGGGAUGAGAAAUGAAUACUGUGUCUGAAAAUUGUAUCAAUUGAAGCACAAUUCACCCACUGUCUUGUCGUGAUUUGCUAAUUUAAAGAAGCAAUAAAAUGUACCAGUUAUGAAAAUGCUGUUGUAAAGGCAUAAGCCACCGUCCUGUCAGUGAACUAUGUGGAUCUGGACUAUUGUCCAUUGUCAUUAAAUCAAUGAGUUAAAAAUAUAUAUUUUUUAAUUUUUCCUGUGCACUUUUGAGCAUUUGACUGCAAAACACGUUAUCUUGACUUUUGUGAGGUCAUUAAUGAGGCCACCCUUUGGAAUAUUAAAAAAACAAUUUUGCACACCGUA